AUGCGCUUUAUUAAACAAUCUCUCCAUGUCCCCCAGGAUGACAUGCUGCUAGAAGAUAGUAAGACUCUUGGAGACUGUGGGUUCACAAACCAGACAGCCAGGCCUCAGGCUCCAGCCACAGUAGGACUGGCUUUUCGCAUCAGUGAUGAUGCUUUUGAGCCUCUAAGAAUAGAGGCCUUCUCCAGCCCUCCUGAGCUUCCCGAUGUCAUGAAGCCUCAAGACUCGGGCAGCACUGCCAACGAACAA